ACUUUUAGCAGCAUGUGACUUGAAGCCAAAGGUUUCUACAAUGGGAUCACCUUCUACUUUCCCUCAGGUUCUAAACAGCAAAACAAAAUCAUCAGGAAUCCUAGAAACACAAUGGAUGAACGAGCACACUGUUCAGCAGUAUGCUAAAUGCCAGUGUGUAGAAUCACCAUGCUAUUUGCUAACUGUGAGAAUCAUACGAAUGCGAAAUGUCCACCGCGCAGAUUAUUUAAGUGAAACAGAUUCUUAUGUGACCUUGUGGCUGCCAACUGCGUCAUUUGAAAAGGUUCGGACUAAAACGGUUAUGAACUGCAAAGAUCCAGUGUGGAAUGAAACAUUCUUCUUCAGGAUCCAGAGUCAGGUUAAGAAUAUCUUGGAAUUGACAGUAUGUGAUGAAGAUGUCAUUCAAGAUGAUGACUACCGUAUCAUUUUAUUUGACAUAGCUAAAGUCCCUCUUGGAGAAUCAAUUUUUAUGACAUUUGAAUUGAAUCCCCAAAAACAUGAAGAAUUGGAGGUUGAAUUUACACUGGAGAAUAUAUUGGGUCCACCUGAAACUGUAAUUACUAAUGGAGCACUGGUGUGUCGUGAAUGUUGCUCGUUGGAGGUUCAGGUGGAGCAGAGGAAAAAGAAGAAGAGGAAGAAAAAGUAUUUUAAACAACAAGACAUCAAGUGUAUAUUGAUAGGAUCCUUUGAAGAAACCCAGAACAUUUCAUUAGCUCCUGCCUCCAGCUUGCAUUUCACAGAACCUUCCCUUUUCCACUUCGCUAAGUACAAGCAAACAGAACUGGAUGUUCUACUUCCAAAGAAGAGCUCACUUCCUUCCAUUUGUGCUUGUGUGUCUUGCGGAGCAAAUGUGCAAAGAAACAGGAACUUGACUCUGCCUGUGAAUUUAUUUCCCAUUGAUCAGGAAGUAAUAAAAGAGGACAAAGAAUUUAAUAUACACUUCAAAGCAAAGGACUGGACACCAGGGCUAGAUGUACGCUUGGGCUUUGAUCUAUGUCCAGAAGAACAGGAAUUCAUGCAGAAACGGAAGAAAGUGGCUGCUGCAGCUUUGAAAAGGGUCCUCCAGCUUGAGGAAGAUCUACAGGAUGAUGAGGUGCCAGUGGUGGCAAUUAUGACAACAGGUGGCGGGAUGAGAGCCCUUACAGCACUGUAUGCUCACCUUCAGACUCUGCAGCAGUUGGAUGUUUUGGACUGUGUUUCCUAUUUCACUGGUUUAUCGGGCACAACAUGGACAAUGUCUAAUUUGUAUGAUGAUCCUAACUGGUCACAUAAUGAUCUAGAAGAGCCAAUCAUUAAUGCCCAAAAACAUCUGAAAAAAAACAAGUUCCUUACCAGUUUUGCCCCAGAACGUCUGAAAUACUAUGCAAAGGAGUUGUGGCAGCGGUAUCAAGAAGGGCAUAGUAUAUCUUUUACAGAUCUGUGGGGACUCAUCAUUGAGGCCAUGCUACGUGAUGGGGAAAAUCAUCAUAAACUCUCAGAUCACCAGCAGGCAUUGACUCACGGCCAGAACCCUCUGCCUAUAUACCUUUGUCUCAAUGUGAAACAGAAAUUAAGUAAUCGGGGGUUUAGAGAAUGGCUAGAGUUCACGCCAUAUGAGGUGGGAUUCCAAAAAUAUGGGGCCUAUAUCCGUGCUGAACAUUUUGGCAGUGAAUUCUAUAUGGGUCAUUUGAUGAAGAAAAUCCCAGAAUCACGGAUCAGUUUCUUGGAAGGAAUCUGGAGUAGUGUAUUUUCUGUGAACCUUAUGGAUGCAUGGUUUCUGGCUGUUACUACAGACGAUUUUUGGCAGGCGUGGACACGGGACAGAGUAACUGACAUUGAUAAGUAUCUUCAGUAUACACAUACAUAUAAACUACCAACACGUGCACAGUGUCCUCCGAGUAGCCUUGCCAGUGUUUUUCAAGAUAUUAUUAUGUGGCGACCUGCUGUUUCUGUGGUCCCCAAUUUUCUGAGAGGCUGCCCGAUGAACAACAAGUACCUAGAGAGUGAAUUUGCAAAUUGGAAAGACUGUGACCUUGACAGUUUUCCUAACCAGCUGACAGGAGCUGAAGAUGUCUUGUAUUUAGUAGAUAAUGCAUUUGCCUGUGAAACUAGCUAUCCACCACUCAUGAGGCCUGAGAGAAAAGUGGAUCUCAUCAUACAUUUAAAUUACAGCACAGGAUCACAAUUAGAGCCCCUGAUAAAAGCUUCCGAAUAUUUCUCAGAGCAAGGAAUCCCAUUUCCCAAAAUUAUCCCAAAGGAAGAAGAAGGAAAAGAGGUAGAAGAGUGCUACUUGGUUGGAGAACAAGAAGGUCCUGAGAUUCCAUUAGUGCUUCUUUUCCCCUUAGUUCUCAACUCCUUCAGGGAGUACAAAGCACCUGGAGUGAAACGUAGUCCUGAGGAGAUGGAAGAUGGUGAUAUUGAUCUUAUCAGUACCUUUGGCCCUUAUAAUAUAAAUUCCUUGCGAUAUUCAGAGAAGGAUUUUGAAAAGCUGGUAAAACUGUCUCAGUACAACAUCGAAAAUAACAAAGACAUGAUGAUUAAGGCUUUGCGUAUAGCUGUGGAACGGAAAAGGCAUCAUAAGAAGAGUUAGUAGUUUCAUAAUCCACAGGGAUAAUAUCUGAGUUUUAUAACAAAGUGAGACUCAAAACCUUUUGCAUAUUGUUCAGCAUUAUGGAAUAAUAGAGGCACUUUAUUCCAGAGGAAAAGAAAAAAUAAUCAAAAGAAUAUUAAAGACAUUGCCCAACUUGUCCUAAUUGAAGAAAUAUCAGCGUUCACAAAAUUAAACAGCUGCAAAUGCAGAUGUACUCUCUUAACAAAUAUAAUUUGCCUCAAGUAUCGAUAGAGUGAAUGAGUAAGGUAUGGACACAGACCUUUCUACUUGGAAAUGCUCUAAAUAUAUUAUAGUAGAAAUACGCU